GACGCCCCGCCCUUGCUACGGUGGCCUGAAAGGAGUGGCGGAAGCGGUGCAACAGAAUCGUUUCUGGGGUUCACAGUUGUGAUGUCUUUCAAGAGAGAAGGGGACGAUUGGAGUCAACUCAAUGUGCUCAAAAAACGAAGAGUCGGGGACCUGCUGGCCAGUUACAUCCCAGAGGAUGAGGCGCUCAUGCUACGGGAUGGCCGCUUUGCUUGUGCCAUCUGUCCCCACCGACCGGUACUGGACACCCUGGCCAUGCUGACUGCGCACCGUGCAGGCAAGAAACAUCUGUCCAGCCUGCAGCUUUUCUAUGGCAAGAAGCAGCCAGGAAAGGGAAUGGAGCAGAAGCCAAGACAGCAGAAUGAAUUGAGGAGGGAAGAGACCAAAGCUGAGGCUCCUCUGUUAACCCAGACUCGGCUUAUCACCCAGAGCGCUCUGCACAGAGCUCCUCACUAUAACAGUUGCAGCCGCCGGAAGUACAGACCAGAAGCCCCUCGUCCCGUUGUCUCCCAUUCCCCUUUGCCACCCCGAGAGGUGGAACUCCAAAGUGGGCAGAUCAGCAGGGAACUGGAGCCUGGGGCUGGCCCACAGGCCAAGGAGUCAGCCACUGUCUCAUCCCCUGCACCUCUGAGCCCCAGAAGAAGACGAGCCCUGGAUCAUUACCUCACCCUUCGAAGCUCUGGAUGGAUCCCAGAUGGACGAGGUCAAUGGGUAAAAGAUGAGAAUGUUGAGUUUGACUCUGAUGAGGAGGAACCCCCUGAUCUCCUCUUGGACUGACACCCCCCUUUCCCCAUUCAAUUCAAAUAAACUACAGCGGGCGCUGGGAGCCUAACUUUGCUCAA